AUGUCGUUGUCGCCGCCAUUAAUGGCGCAUGAGGCCGACGCUGUGAUGCCACCAAAUUUUAUAGAAUUUUACGACUCGAAAUCAAAAUUCAAAAGAUGGGUCCAGCGUCUGGAAGGAGCGUUUAACCUCUAUAAAAUAAAACCGCAUAAAAAAAAUUCGUAUUUCUUGCAUUACAUAGGAUCAGAAUUGUAUGACACCUUGUGCGAUUUGGUCUCACCAUCACAGCCUGAAACCAGGACAUAUGAAGAAAAUAUCGCAUCGUUGACAAACUACAUUGAUCCAGUUCCGUUGGAGAUUGCAGAAUAUUUCGCUUUCCAUCACAGGGGUCAGCAAGAAGGUGAGACAAUAAAAGAAUAUAUGGCAGUGCUUAGGAGAAUGGCGGCUGGCUGCAAUUUCGGAUCUUUCUUGGAAACCGCUUUAAGAAAUCAGCUUGUUUGUGGCCUUACUUCGCAGAAGAUCAAGGACAGGUUACUAGAGACAAGAAAUUUAAAUUUACAAACAGCGUUUGACAUUGCAAUAGGAAUGGAGGUGAGUCAGGUGGAGAGUUGUAAAACUAGAGAAGUGAACAUAGUUCAAAUGAACAUGAAGAGACGGCAGCCAGUUACACACAAUUUACAGGCUAAAAAUAGCUCGGUGCACAGUGCUCCUCCGAAACCAUGUUAUCGCUGUGGAGGGGAUCACAGUGCAAGCAAGUGUACGUGGAUAAAUGCAUCUUGUAACUACUGCCACAGAAUUGGCCAUAUUAAGAAGAUGUGCCUUAAGUUAAAAAAUAGCCAAAAGGUUAAUUUGGUGGAUGUUGAAGAGUCGGAGCAAGAUGUUGUUCAGUUUGUCUAA